AUGGCCCAUAUUCUUUCUGUCCAGUCGUCCGCGCGGAACGAAGGCUCGCAAAGCCGCGCGCUCAGCGCCGAGCUGAUCGAUGCGCUCGGUGGCACUUCCGAGCACACGAUCGUCGUUCGCGAUCUGGCCGAACCGAUCCCGCAACUCGACGAGAAAUGGCUUGGCGCAAACUGGACGCCGGCCGAAGAGCGCAGCGACGAACAGGCGCGGGCGCUUGCCCUGUCGGACACGCUGAUCAGCGAACUCGAAGCCGCCGACACGAUCGUCAUAGGCGUACCGCUCUACAAUUUCUCCGUGCCCGCUGCGCUCAAGGCCUGGAUCGACCAGGUCGCCCGCGCCGGACGCACCUUCCGCUACUCCGAGAACGGCCCGCAGGGGCUUCUUGAGGGCAAGCGCGCCUUUGUCGUCGUUGCAAGCGGCGGCGUACCGGUCGACAGCCCCGUCGAUUUCGCAACGCCCUAUGUGCGCCAGGUGCUCGGUUUCAUCGGCAUCACGGAUGUGACCGUGAUCGCCGCCGACCGCCUCGUCCAGAAUGCCGAUGGAAGCCUCGCUGCCGCGCGCGCGGCGAUUGCCGAGGCCGCUGGCGCACGCAACGCAAUGGCCGCCUGA